GUCAAAUGCAGCGGAACAGAGCGGAAGAGCUUCGUUGACACAGGUGGAGGAGAAUACUUAGCGUUUUUUUUUUUUUUUUUUUUUUUACAUAAAAAGGGAAACAAAUGGAAAACCGUGAGACAGCGCUAGUGGAAAGCCUGAUAAUAUGGCUGCAGACAUUCAACACUUCAGCACCUUGCAGCACAGUGGAGGAGCUCACCACUGGAGAGGCAAUGUCACAGGCACUUCAUCAGAUAGACUCCACGUGGUUCAAUGAAGCAUGGAUGAGUCGUAUCAAAACAGAUGUUGAGGACAACUGGAGACUGAAGAUGAACAAUCUGAAGAAGAUCCUUCAGAAGGUGGUUGACUAUUAUACAGAGGUUUUAACUCAGGACAUUUCGUACUUCCCUUUGCCGGAUGUAUCCCUGGUAGCAGAACACUUGGAGCCAGCGGAGAUGGGAAGGUUGCUGCAGCUCAUACUGGGCUGUGCUGUCAGAUGUGAGCAACAACAAGAAUAUAUUCAGAUAAUCAUGACCAUGGAGGAGUCCGUGCAGCAUGUUGUCAUGAAAGCCAUCCAGGAGCUCAUGAAAAAAGAUAAUCCAACAGCAUUUGGAACCGAGCUGUCAGGGGACCCGGAACAGCAGGUGAAGAAACUCCUGGAGGACCUUUCUGAACUCAUGUCAGAAAAGGAAGCCUUAGCCCAACGCUGUCAAGAGCUGGACUUGCAGGUGGCCGUUCUUCUAGAGGAACGAAACAGCCUCUUAGCUGAGAAUGAUGUCCUAACAGACCGAGCCAGCCAACUGGACACAUUUGAUGACUCAAGCAAACCUUCAGGCAGAAAGCACAGUCAGCUUCAGCAGCAGCUGGAGGCUCUGCAGGAAGAGAACUUCAGGCUGGAGGCUGCCAAGGAUGACUACCGGAUCCACUGUGAGGAGCUGGAGAAGCAGCUGAUUGAACUUCAGCAUCGUAAUGAUGAGCUUACCAGUCUGGCAGAGGAAUCCCGGGCUCUCAAAGACGAACUGGAUGUUCUGAGGAACUGCUCAGAUAGGGUGGUGAUGCUGGAGGCAUCAGUGGAAACCUACAAGCGUAAGCUGGAGAAUCUUGGUGAUCUAAAGAGGCAGGUGAAGCUGUUGGAGGAGAAUAACAUGACCUACAUGCAAAACAGCGUCAGUCUGGAGGAAGAGCUGCGCAAAGCAAAUGCUGCCCGCGCACAACUCGAGUCCUACAAAAGACAAGUCCAGGACCUUCACAAAAAGUUGUCAGAGGAGACCAGGCGAGCUGACAACAUGGCGUUUGAGAUGAAAAAAUUGGACGAAAAGCAUGAAACGGUGUUGAAAGAAAAAGAGCGGAUCAUCAUUGAACGAGAUUCUCUGAAGGAAAUCAACGAGGAGCUGCUGUGCUCUCAGGCUCAACAGCACCAGCUCUCACUUUCAGGGAUCCUUUCCUCUGCCAGCCCCAGCCAUGAAAACCUGGCAGCAGAGUUAAUUCCCAUCGAGUACAGAGAAAAGUUCAUCAGACUGCAGCAUGAGAACAAGAUGUUGAGAGUGCAGCAGGAGGAAUAUGAACAGGAGAAGAUUGUCACCCUGCAGACCCAGCUGGGGGAAGCUGAAAAGACACACAGUAAACUUGACACGGAGAACAGAUUGAGCCAAGAGCAGAUCAGUGAGUUGCAGCAGCAGGUGGAAGACCUCCAGAAGGCUCUACAGAGUCAGGCUGCCAAACCAGAUGAUUCAAAUCUAAAGAGGAAACUGGACGCCCAUAUGUCCCAGCUGAACGAAGCUCAGGACGAGAUCAUGAAGAAGAAAGAGCUGCUGGAGGAUCUUCAGCCUGACAACACUCAGACCUCUUUGAAGGUGGAUGAGCUGAUGGCUGCUCUGAAGAAGAAGGAUGAUGACAUGCGGGCCAUGGAAGAGAGAUAUAAGAUGUAUCUGGAGAAGGCUCGCGAUGUGAUACGAGCUUUGGACCCAAGGCUGAAUCCUGCCAACGCUGAGAUCCAGGCUCUUAGAAACCAGCUGGCAGAUCGGGACAGACAGAUUCUUAAUCUUGAACGUCAAUGUGAGCAGGCCAGGUUAAGAGAGUAUGAGGAGAAGCUGAUUGUUACAGCUUGGUAUAACAAGAGUUUGAACUUUCAGAAGUUGGCCAUUGAAUCCCGCCUCGGAGGCCGCACCGGCUCCAUGUUCUCACCUGGCCAGUCCUUCCUGACGCAGCAGCGGCACGUCUCAAACGCCCCGCGCAGGGCGGCUUCUAUCAGCAUGCCUGCCACUACCUCCAAUUAGGCUGUGUCACAGCGCCACAGCACCUCACUGCAGUUAAACAGCAAAAAGACAGCAGUGGAAACACUCAAGUGACCUUAAACAUGUCUGCUCUCAGCCUUUGAGGAGGGUCAGACUGCAUAGGAUCAGUGAGCACUUAUCAGAUAGGUCACCCAUCCGAGGUUAAAGCAGAGGUUGUGUUAGUAAGUAGUGAGGUCAUACUCUGCUGUACAUUAGCCUGAAGGACAACCUUGCUGAGUCAUUACUCCCGAAUCCACCUCACAAGCCAAAGCCAGUUGUAGAUUUGCAAUGACUAUCUGCUCCGCCCUGUGAUUUUUGCUUUUGCAUCUUCAUGUUUAGCUUUUAUAACUUGUUUAUGCCUGGCUCUCCUUGUAAACCACUAUACACAGAAGUGAGAGGGGGAAAAGAUCCUUUUAGAAAUGAAGCCUGCCAUUUUAGUUUUAGUAUUGCUUUAAAGGGUGACUUAAAUACUGAAGCCAAUUAAAUGUAAUAAUUAUAUAAACAUUUAAGAAAUGUAUGAUCACAGUGCACAAGUGUAAUCCUGCAGAAUGAAUGGUGUUGAUCCAGCAAUAUCUGGUGCGGGCCACCAAGGACUUCAAAACUAAAUGAAGUCAUAUUAACUCUAAUCGACCCUUGAGGUGCUGCAAUAACAACUCUUAGAAAAUAAAUCUUGGAAUAGUCUGUUAUCUUUUGUAUAUGCUCUCAAUGGGAACUGACAGGCCUUUUUGUUUAAUGUGUAUCUGAUUUUUAGUAAGUCAAUAAUUAUUGAUACAGAAAUUGAAGAUUCAACACCAGCUUUUCAUCUGACGAUCACAACCAGGUUAAGCCCCUACAAAUUGUAACUCAAAAGGUUUUAAUAAAUGUAAUCGAUGUUGUCUUGUUGAUGUUGAUUACAAAAAGAACGUGCACCGUGCUGUUAAAUGUUAUUGUGACUUUUUGUGAUGGACCGUCAUAAAGUAGCGCAUUAUUGUUGACUGGAAGGAGCAUAAUACAUGACUUUCAAAAUUCUUUACAAAUAGUUAUCUGGAAGGUGUGGAGUGUGUAUGUAUUCUGUCCUCAGUCGAUGUUCUGUAGAACCAUCUCUCACUGGGAUUUCAGCUACAUGACUGGUUGGAAAUAUCUCCACCAUCUUUCCACUUCUAGAGGCCUAUUUAUUUAUUUUUUCUAAUCGUCUCAAAGCUCACUCAGACUAGAUGGCCCUCAUCUGAGAACAUUAAUGUCUAGGCCUUGCAAGCGAUUCUUGAUUGGAUCAUGGGUUGGACUUUGACUAGGUCAUUCUAGCACAUGAUUAUGCUUUGAUCUAAACCAUUCCAUUAUCCAGUAUUUAGCACCACCAAUCUCCUCAUUUAAUCUUGACCGACUUCCCUGUAUUGCAGAAGAAAAGCAUCCCCCAUAUCAUGAUGCUGCCACCACCACCAUUUUGUGAUAGGGACGGUGUGUUCAGGGUCAGUUUUCCACCACACAGUUUUACAUGUAGGCCAGAAAGUUUCAGAUGGGACUGUUAGCUAUACUGGAUUUUUAUUUAGGGAUAUGAGUCAGUUAAUACAAAUACUUUCCCCACUUUUCAGAUGUUUAUUUUUUUUAUGUAUGCUAUUCUUUUCACAUCAUAAUUAUGCUCUAUUUUGUGCUAGCCUAUGACAAAUUCCCAGGACGAUAUGUUGAAGUUUGUGGUUUUUAGAAGGUGUGUGAAUGCUUUGCAAGGCAUUUGAAGCUGAUCAGGUUUGGCCGGUUCUUUGUUGCCUUUUCUGUUUAUAUAUUGUCAGCAGCACAUCGCAGAUAUUCUGUCACUAUGGCAAUAUGUGAUUUAUAGAUAUAUGUCACUUGAAUCUCUUUCUUUGCAGCUAAUUGUUGUAAAUUGAUGAUUUAAAAACAGUUUAAUGUCUAAUGAUCUAGAAGGUACAGUCAGGUAGAGGUAGCACAGGAAUCUGUAUAAUGAUAAAUGUUUGUGUGUGUCUAAUUAAAGUAAUGUAUAAAGGAUUUCAGAUAUUUUAAAGACUUAUUUCUCUGAAUAAAUUUUAUUUCGAAAACUG